UUGUGGCUUGCCGCUCUGGGUCGGCGGCUCAUUCCCUGGCCGCUCCUGGGCUUCGCGGUGAGGGAUUUGGGCCCCUAGGAAGGGGGAGGUGGGGUUAGGAGCGCGGGCCGGACAGUGGAGGAGCCCCGCUGCUCGGCCUGCCCAUCCCCAGGUCUCGGCCCCUUGGCCCGCGCGGCGUCUCCAAGCGAGUGGGGAACUUAGAGGAGGCCAGCACUCAAAACCCUGCUUUCCAAAGGAAAACGCAGUUCCCCUGACCCCGUGACUUGGCAAAUGCUGCGGGUUUAACCAAGGAUAUAAAAAUAGAAGUGCUAGUUAGUGCAGCCUAACUGGUUAAUAAACCUUAAAUUUGUAGGCUAAAUAUGCUAAUUAAUCUCUAACGUUAACAGUAGUGUGAGGAAUGAAUUUUACUCAUCUGUCCUGACAAACUAAGGGCAUACACUCCUAUCGAUAUCUCGCCAUCCUAAAAUCAGGUCGUUUGGUCUGUGUCACAACAUUUAAUACAAUAACUAUUUGUUACCAUAUUUUGCUUUUGAACAUUUUUACUCCUGGGAUAUUCUAGGCUUUUUCAGAACUGAUACUGAUCUUUUUGCUGCUUUUGUGUAUGUGGUACCUAUCAUGUUUUUGAACACGUGGAAAGAAGAGAUUACUCACACUCCUCCUCAAGCACCGAACCCAGUUGUACUGAGCUUUUUGCUAAGCUGUUUCAGCCAAGAAUGGCUGUGGAAUCUGUAGCGAUUUCAACCCUGAUACCUCAGGAUCCUCCAGAACAAGAACUAAUACUAGUGAAAGUAGAAGAUAACUUUUCCUGGGAUGAGAAAUUUAAGCAGAAUGGGAGUGCUCAAUCCUGCCAAGAAUUGUUUCGUCAGCAGUUCAGAAAGUUUUGCUACCAGGAGACACCUGGGCCCCGGGAGGCUCUGAGCCAACUCCAAGAACUUUGCUAUCAGUGGCUAAUGCCAGAGUUGCACACAAAGGAGCAGAUCUUAGAACUGCUGGUACUGGAGCAGUUCCUGAGCAUUCUGCCUGAGGAGCUGCAGAUCUGGGUUCAGCAACAUAAUCCAAAAAGCGGCGAGGAAGCUGUGACCCUGUUGGAGGAUUUGGAGAGGGAGUUUGAUGACCCAGGGCAGCAGGUCCCAGCUAGUCCACAGGAACCAGCAGUGCCAUGGAAGGAUUUAACAUGUCUCAGAGCAUCCCAAGAGUCACCAAACAUCCACCUCCAGCCCUUAAAGACACAGCUGAAAUCCUGGAAAUCGUGCCUUUCCCCUAAAAGUGAUUGUGAGAACAAUGAAACAGCAACAAAGGGCAUCUCAGAAGAAAAAUCACAGGGACUCCCUCAGGAACCUUCAUUUCGAGGAAUUAGUGAGCAUGAAAACAAUUUAGUGUGGAAGCAAGGAAGUGCUACAGGGGAGAAACUAAGAUCUUCUUCCCAAGGGGGCAGUUUUAAUCAAGGGAUCUUCACAAACAAAUCUCUAGGAAAGAGAGAGCUUUAUGAUGAGACUGAAAGAUGCUUGAUUCUAACUACAGACUCUAUAAUGUGUCAGAAUGUUCCUCCAGAAGAGAGACCUUAUAGAUGUGAUGUAUGUGGGCACAGCUUCAAGCAGCAUUCCUCUCUAACACAACAUCAGAGAACCCAUACUGGAGAGAAGCCCUAUAAAUGUAACCAGUGUGGGAAAGCCUUUAGUUUGAGGUCCUAUCUUAUUAUUCAUCAGAGAAUUCAUAGUGGUGAGAAAGCAUAUGAAUGUAGUGAAUGUGGGAAAGCUUUCAAUCAGAGCUCAGCCCUCAUUAGACAUCGGAAAAUCCAUACUGGUGAGAAGGCUUGUAAAUGUAAUGAGUGUGGCAAAGCAUUCAGUCAAAGUUCAUAUCUCAUUAUACAUCAAAGAAUUCACACUGGUGAGAAACCUUAUGAGUGUAAUGAGUGUGGGAAAACCUUUAGCCAGAGCUCAAAACUCAUUAGACAUCAGCGAAUUCACACAGGAGAGAGACCCUAUGAAUGCAAUGAAUGUGGAAAAGCUUUCAGGCAAAGCUCAGAGCUGAUUACUCAUCAGAGAAUACAUAGUGGAGAGAAACCCUAUGAAUGUAAUGAAUGUGGAAAAGCUUUCAGUUUGAGCUCAAACCUUAUCAGACAUCAGAGAAUUCAUAGUGGGGAGGAACCUUAUCAGUGUAAUGAAUGUGGCAAAACCUUCAAAAGGAGCUCAGCCCUUGUUCAGCAUCAGAGAAUUCAUUCUGGGGACGAAGCUUAUAUAUGUAAUGAAUGUGGGAAGGCAUUCAAGCACAGAUCAGUCCUUAUGCGCCAUCAGAGAGUCCACACUAUAAAGUAAUUUGUGAAUACUGUGAAUAGUGUAAAUACUUAAGUCAAAUUUUUAUGUUUGUUAGUCAAAAGAGUUUACUUUGGAGCAAAACUCCAUAAAGGUUAUAAAAUACUAGGUCUUGAGUCGAGCUUGCUUUGUACAGUAUUUCCCAGUGCUAAAGUGUCCUUUGAAAGCUUUUCCUGUGUCUAAUCAGAACAGAAUACAAGAAUCAUUACUUCCAGCUCUUCUGUUAUUAGGAAUACUCAGGAAAUAUGAAAAACGGGACUGUAACAUUGAAAUCUGACUUUGUAUGGAAGCGUCAUGAAAAGAAUAUAGCAACCUAGGCUCUGCCACCGCAUCUGAUUGUGAGUGUACCAGGUUAUGGGGCUGGUGUGGACUGUGCGAGGCACUUUGUCUCAGGAACUAAAAACAAAAAUUUACUGACCCAACAAAGAACAGUGACAGAGCAGCAAGAAAGGUGGGGAAAUGGCUUCAUCAAUGAUUUGUUGAGCCCAGGGCAGGCCAGGAAUUAGAUAGGCGUGAGAAGAAAGAAUAUAAUUUACCCAAAGGUUAUUUUUUGAGUACCUACUUUAUCCCAGGGACUAGGAAUACAGUGGAAAACAAGACUGUAAUUUCUAUAGUCUAAUGGGCAAGGCAGCCAAACAGGCAGUGAAAGUGGAAUGCUCCUAUGUGACCUUAAGGAGCCUCUGACUCAGCCUUGGAUAAGGAAAUGGGGGAAAUGGCCUGAAGGAUGAGGAGGAGUUAGCCAAGGUGGUACUCCAGGGAAGAAGAUUCCCAGUAAAGAACAGUAGCCAAAGGCCAGAAACAAAGUGUGGAGCAUUCCUUGAGUUCCUGAUGUAGUGAGGUCUUGUCAGAGAUGUCUGGGUCUGGCCAGACUCUUAAGCAGUGCCAAUGGAGAAGUUCCUGUUAAUAGACAAAACCUGGAGCCCUUGGACCACAGGGGAGUCAAGAGCUUUGUCUUGGUUUAUGUGACCCCAGGGAAAGGGCAAAUAUGUGGUUUCCUUGCCACACCUGUAGGCUAUCCUAGAACUUCCAUGAGGGUAGUGGUGGGAAUGAGGGUGAGAAAGAGCCUAUACCUAUACCUCAAGAGUCUGAGUGUUAAGACUGUCUCUCCCAUCCUUAAGAUUCUCCUUUGAUUCUAAAGACAAUAUCAGAGUUGCUGUCAGGUUUCCUAUAAUUUCCAAGACUCUAGAUCAGAAGCUGCCAUAUCAUUUGUUUCUGGGGCUGUAUUCCCACGAUUCCUAGUACAUUCCCUUGGGCUUUGGUGCUCAAAAAGUAUGUCAGUUGCUGGGUCUGUGACGUUCUUUGGGCACCUCGCACAUGUUCAGUUUUGUUUUAUGUCACCAGUAUUUCACAAUAUCUUUUGCAAUAUUUUUUUUUUUGAAAUGGAGUUUCGCUCUUGGUGCCCAUGCUGGAGUGUAAUGGCGUGAUCUUGGUUCACCGCAAACUCCACCUCCUGGGGUCAAGCGAUUCUCCUGCCUCAGCCUCCUGAGUAGCUGGGAUAACAGGCAUGCAUCACCAGGGCCAGCUAAUUUUGUAUUUUUAGGAAAGGCAGGGUUUGUCCAUGUUGGUCAGGCUGGUUUCCAACUCCCAACCUCAGGUGAUCCACCCACCCCGGCCUCCCAAAGUGCUGGGAUUACAGGCAUGAGCCACCAUGCCCAGCCAUCUUUUGCAAAUUUUAUUAAAGACUGCUAAAAGAAAAUGACAACUGAAACUAAUGGUCACAAUCAGUGGAGACUUCCCUUUUCUAAGGGGCCUAGCAGGAAGAGAAUAUUUAGACUGAUGCUUAGUGUAAGAUGGAAUGUUGUGCAGGUUAACCAGCAACACAAAGACAUAUUCAAAAGACCUAAUAGGUAGGAAGAAUAACACACCACACCAAAAACAAAUCUGUGUGGAAAUCUAGAAUCCUGUGCAUAAAAAAAGAAUUUUCAUGAGGAUAAAAAGAAGCAAAGAGAAGUAAUGCUCUUAUUGGGCAUACAUCAGUGAACAUGUGCUAACCAGUAAGAAUGGCAGGAGGCCUAAAUGCCCAUGUUUGGGGAGAGAAUGUGAAAAAAUGGAUGGGAUUAUUUGGAAAAGAUGUAAGAUAUUAAAAUACAUGGUAAGAGCUACUCAACUCUUAUUUUCCUCCUCUUCCACAGAUAAAGACCUGAACAAACUGAAAAGGUAGGACAUUAAGUAGGAAUUGUAUAUUGUAAAACGGAAAUACUCUUUAUGUAAGAAAGCUCUACUGUAUGUUAGUAAGCAGUGUAAUAGAUAGGCCAAGCACAGUGACUCACACCUAUAAUCCCAGCACUUUGGGAGGUCAAGGCUGGAGGAUUGUUUGAGUCUAGGAGUUCAAGCCCAGCCUGGGCAGCAUAGUGAGACACCAUCUCUACAAAAUAUAAACAGCAUUUGCCAGACGUAGUGUAUGCCUGUAGACCCAACUAUUUGGGAGGCUGAGGUAAGAGGUUUGCUCAAGCCCUGGAGGUUGAGGUUUCAGGGAGGCAAGAUCACACCACUGCACUCCAGCCUGGGAGAGCAAGACCCUGUCUCCAAACCAAAAAAAAAAGGAAAAAAAAUAAAUGUCAUAGAGACUUGCUAAGGGCUUUGUAUAUAAUUAUUAAUGUUAUAAUGUUAUUUCUCAUCACAGCGUGUAUGUAGCAGAUGAGGAGAUGAAGGCUAAAGGUCAUAUAUCCAAAAAAUGGGGAGGUCAGACUUUGAACCCACAACCUGACUGUGGAGCCACUUCAGCAUAUUCUCUCCCCAUAAGAAAGUUCCAAUAGAAAAAAAAAAUGCUACUUAAGUAGGGAAAUCACAAAAUAAGUGCCA